GAAGGGCGCGUCCGUGUGUCGAGUCAAGUGUGCGAGAGCGACAGAGCGCGUCCACAUUCAGCUCAUUCAGUUCCUCCUUCACGCCGUCUAACACAGAGACAUCACCAUGGCCUCCGGAGUUACAGUGGAAGAGAAUGUGCUGACCGUCUUCAACAAGAUGAAGGUGCGCACAGCCCAUGCCAAUGAGGAAGAGAGAAAGAACCGAAAGAAGGCUGUGCUUUUUUGCCUGAGUGACGACAAUAAAAAAAUCAUCAUGGAAGAGGGCCGUGAGAUCCUUCAGGGAGAUGAGGGAGAUCCCUACCAGCAGUUUGUUAAGAUGCUGCCCCCCAACGACUGCCGCUAUGCUUUGUAUGACGCCACAUAUGAGACGAAGGAGACCAAGAAGGAAGACCUGGUUUUCAUCUUCUGGGCCCCAGAGUGUGCUCCACUUAAGAGCAAGAUGAUCUAUGCCAGCUCCAAGGAUGCCAUAAAGAAGAAAUUUACAGGUAUCAAGCACGAGUGGCAAGUGAAUGGUUUGGAGGACAUCGAACGAAAGACCCUUGCUGAGAAACUCGGAGGUGCAUCAGUGGUCAGUCUCGAGGGUGUGCCUCUGAGAGAUUAAGGCCAACACUUUGGAGGGGUAGAGCUGUAUAGCUGUUCAUUCCAACAUGGGUGGGGCAGGGCACAUUAGCAGCAAUGUCUGUGGGGGUUGGAGGGUGGGUUCUAGUUGGUGGGGAGGGAUGGGUGAAAGUGACAGUUUCUGAACUCCACAAAAAAGUUGGCGGUCAUUCCAGUUCACACAUACCAAGAACAAAAAAAGAUCUUAAAUAAAAAUGGAAGGAGGAUGAUAAAAUUAACUGUACGUGUGUGGAUAAGUCUAUUUUCUGGUUCCAUUAGACUAAAAAGGAGAGACUGAGACAGAACAGCAAACAUUACAGUAAGUGCAGAAUACUGUUCAUAACACAGUGGAUUUUUUUUUUUUUUUUUUUUUUUUUUUUUUUUUUUUUUUUGUGCCAACUUCUAGUUAAUUUUUGUAAGUAUGUUUGUGAGGCUAGAUGUAGUACAAAACAGUUUACUCUGAGUGAUUGCAUUUUGGGAACAUUUACUCCCCUCCCCCUUUCUCCAUUCUAUUCUUAUUUGAAAAUUCCAAGUGUUUAAAAACUUCAGCUCUUAUUUACAAACAUUUCCAAGUGUGAUUCAAAUUUAUGGCACUGGUGUCAAGAAAUCGCUCACAUUCCUUACAUGUAAACAUUCUGGAUCUGGUGUCUCAGAGGUCUGCUGAUGAAUUGGACUAGAGAAAGGGUUGGUCUGAUGGAAAGGUGGGGAGUGAUGUGUUGGGACAGCCUGUGUACAGCGCUUUAAAGGAUGUUGGAAAGUGGAUGUUUUGUAUCGUCUCCUUAUCUCUAAUAAAAAAAAACAGGCACUAAACUCUCAA